AUGCCGCUGCAAGUGCCUGGCUACCACACGAACACCCCGUUACACCCGUCUUUCGACAAGGAUAUCCGUGGCCUUCAUCUUCUAUACGACUACGAUGCCGAGGGCGCCGAUGGCAAACCCGAGAAGUGGCGCUACGAGAUGUGGUUCUUCUCGGAGAACCGUAUCGUCUACUCGAUCCAUGGUGGUCCCAUGGCUGGUCGUCUGAACUACCAGACCGUCGCGUUCCAGUGCAUUCGUCCGGGCGAAUUGUGGCAGUGCAACUGGCUUGAGGAGACGGGCACCAUCGUGUCGCUCGUGUACGACAUCACGAAUAAGAAGAUAACGACCAUGAUUGGGUUCUCGAAGGGCCAUUGGGAGCAUUCCAAGGAAGCUCACGGUGACAAGCGCAACCCGGAGGACUUUGCGCGCUGGCGUAAGCUCGCUGAGAUCGGCACAAACCGCGAUCGUCUUAUCUUGAGCGAGCAAGCCAACAUUCUCAAGACGUUCAAAGGAGCUGGUGAUCUCGUGCCAAUCCCUUUGGACGCUGAGACUCUAUAA